AUGAGAGACCAAACCGCUAAGACCGGCGGGGGCGGGCAAGCCAAAGCCCUAUGUACAAGGCACGCCAGAGGGAGAGGCCGCGUGUUCGUCGCUAUACCGGACCAACGAGACUGGUUCCAACAACGGCGUCCAGCGUACCAAGCUUGUUGCUCCCAGCCCACUUUGGGGCCGCGCCGGUGGAGGUCUGGAGACGAGCCUGAAGACUGGAGAAAGCGAGAGAGACUCAAGCUUCCAAGAGACGAUUCCCCAUCUUCUUCUCCCACCUCCUCGUUUACCCCCAGAGCCCAAAAUGUGCCGCGCCAACACCCCCGCCCUCUUCGCUACUUCGUACGGAGUACAGCUGCCACACCACGCUAUCUUCGGCCGACGUCCUAA